CUCUCUCUCUCUCUCUCUCUCUCCAAAUCACCAGCUUGCAGUAUUGUGGCCCUUCCCACAAUGGAUACUUUUCGCUUCCUCAAAUACUGGAAAACUCACGGUGUCUUCCCGGUUAACGCCUGUUCUACUCCACGCAUGACCAUUACUUCAACGAUUCCCACCGCCGUGAGUCAUCAUCACCCAUCAUCAACCGACAUAUCACCGGAGGAAGACCACAAAACAAAGCACGAAACCAUUGUCUCUACGGGAGACGAUGACAGCGACGGUGAGAAGGAGAGAGAUGAGUUCUUCAAAUUCACAGAACCGAUUGACCUUUACUUCAAAGCCAACGAGGAAUCGCGAUCAUCUGCGGUGAAAUCGGCCAUGAAGCUUAGAACACUGAUGUGGAAGCUGAAGAAAUCGAAGGGAGAUGAAGCAGAAAAGAUAGAGUUUGAUGAUUCUGUCUUAACCACAGCGAAUCAAACGCAGAGAAAGUUAAUGACGGCGGAAUUGAGAGUGAAAGAAGUAACCAAGUAUGAGAAGCUAACUCAGACACCUGACUCACGUAGGCUGGUCCGGACACCUAGUUAUCAAAACAAAGAAGAAGUAACCGAGUUCGAGAAGCUAGCCUGGACACCUAGUGUGCUUAGAUUGAUCCGAACACUUAGUUAUCGAAACGAAGAAGCAACCAAGCUCGAGAAGCUAGCUUGGACACCUAGUGCGCUUAGACUGGCCCGAGCGCCUAGUUAUCGAAAUGAAGAAGAAGUAACCAAGUUCGAGAAGCUAGCAUGGACACCUAGUUUACUUAGACUGGUCCGAACACCUGGUUAUCAAAAGAAAGAAGAAGUAACCAAGUCCGAGAAGCAGCACAUCUCAAAGGAAUCGGGUCCAAACCAAACCCGAUUUUCUUCGGAUUUGGUGCAGAAAUAUAUAGAAAAGGUUAAACCUAUGUACAUUGGAGCAUCGAAGCGCUACAACGAGAAAAAAGUGAGGCUUGCAGCACAGCUGAGGAUAAAAUCGCCAAGAGAAACGAGGUCCGGACAAUCUCCGCCUGCCAUGUUGUAUACUAGAAAGUCAACGGCGGAGAAAAGACGGUCCAGGCAACAUGAGAUGACGGAAGCGCCGCCCCGGCCGGUGGUUUUGAAGAAUUGGAAACAGGGGAAUUUACCGGCGAGGCUGCGGGUGGGACGUAAGCAUGUGGGGAAGGGACGAUCAGCGAGUUCUGGGUUUACUCAGGAAAAAAUGCGAGACGACUCGGUGUUGGACAAAGAGGAUGGGAUUCAGAGCGCCAUUCUGCAUUGCAAGAGAUCGCUCAAUGGGUCCAGAGGUAUAUCAUCCGUUCUUUGACUUCUUCUUUUUUGAACUUUUGGUGACGAAGAAACCACCCCACUGUAACGCCA